AUGAGUGAUGGGGGGAGCGAGGCAGGCAGGCGUGCCCUCCUCCUGGGAGAUCCCGGCGGCGGGCCGGCGGAGCGAGCCCGGGACAAGGAGAGCGGUGCGGCCCUGGAGAGCGCAAAGCUGCGCGCAGCGCCCGCCGGAGGGAGCGCGGGCUUCAAGGACCUGGCGGCGGCGACCUCGGCCUCCAGCCCCGGCUCCUCCAAGGAGUGCGCCCCGGAGACGGACAGCCAGUCCUCGGCGGGAGAGGCGGACUACUGCCGCCGGAUUCUGGUGCGAGACGCCAAAGGGACCAUCCGGGAGAUCGUCCUUCCCAAAGGUUUGGACCUGGACCGGCCCAAGAGGACCAGGACUUCGUUCACUGCUGAACAGCUCUACCGGUUGGAGCUGGAGUUUCAGCGCUGCCAGUACGUCGUGGGCAGGGAGCGGACAGAACUAGCCAGGCAGCUCAACCUUUCUGAGACACAGGUCAAGGUCUGGUUCCAGAAUCGCCGCACCAAGCAGAAAAAGGACCAGAGCAGAGACUCGGAGAGGCGCGGCUCCUCCACCUCCGAGUCCUUCGCCACCUGCAACAUCUUGAGACUCUUGGAACAGGGGACGCUCCUGUCCUUCCCAGGCGCCCCCACGCUGCUCUCCCCGCCGCCCAACCCCACCGUCAGCACUUCUUCCGGAAACGGGUCCGCCGCGGGCACGCCAGGGAACGCUUCGCCAGGCCUCCGCAGCGGGGGCAGCCCUCCCGGGACAGGGGGCUUCAGCCUGCAGGCCCCCUCCCUGGCCUCCUCGGCUCCCCCACGCCUCCCCACCACCCCGCUCUGUUUCAGCGGCCCCUUCCUGGGGAGUCUGCACGAAUUACCUAGUAGUUACGGACUGGGCACGUCUGCCUUCGAGCCUUACAUGCGGCUGGAGAGGAAAGAGGGCAUGCUGCCCAGCAAGAAACCGAGUCCCUGAAUAAUAAUAAUAAUAAUAACAAUAAUAAUAAUAAUAACUCUAAUGAUGAUGAUGAUGAUAAUAAUCAUUAAAAGAAACAAAAAGAGUGUCAAAAGACUGCCCCACUUCGUCCCUCUGCAGCCACUCCCCCUCCCC